CUUAAACAUGACCGUAAUUACUGAAAAGGUUAUGUGUGAUAUAAAGCAGAUGUUGUGUAUUUUGCCUGUGCGUUUUAUUGUAUGUCUUUUUUAGAUGUUAAAUAACGUUUUAAUAUAGAUUUGAUUAAUUGGCGAUCUGAAUUCAUACUUAAUUCAUGUUUCUCUUUCAAACACAACAUCGCAUAAUUGUGCGGUAGUUAUACUCUAUAUAUUACGAUUACCACGAUACCGGGUGCGUGCUAUACGCGUUCGGCCUUGAGUCCACACAAACAGGGGGACAUCAAGCCAUUCAUUGGGAGGAAGACAGAGAGAGGGGAAGAGCAAUACAAGCAGACAAUAUUCAAAGCUGGGGAAUCAAAAGCUGGGGUCCAAACUCAGGAACAAGUGUCCGAUUGGAAGGCAGAAUUAGUUAGUUUGAGAUGGCGGAGGUAAGCGAGGUUUURAUGUCGGUUCUGUCCACAAUUCGAGUUCCGAGGCCCGGGGACCGUGUCCAUAAAGACGAAUGCGCCUUGUCAUUUUCUUCUCCGGAGAGUGAAGGAGGCUUAUAUGUGUGCAUGAACAGUUUCCUUGGGUUCGGCAGCCAGUAUGUGGAUAGACACCACACCAGGAGCGGACAGCGGGCUUACCUGCACAUCUCCCGGACCCGCAAAGCUCCGAAGGAAGAUGAGGAGAACUCUGGAUCCGGUGACCCACCCAAGAAGAAGCCAACCCGAUUAGCCAUAGGUAUCGAGGGAGGGUUCAACGUGGAGCAGGAGCAGUAUGAGGAGGAAGUAAAAGUCGUCCUCUUCCCUGAUAGACAGGAAGUUACAUCCGAUGACCUCGCCACCAUGCCGGACCUUGUGAGAGAGCGGGUAUCUCUAGCCAUGGCGGGGCUGAUGUCUGCAGACUCAGUGUCUCAUGCCCUGCAGGUGCAGCAGUGGGACGGCGAGGUGCGGGCGGARUCCCGGCACGCCGUCGAACUCAAGCAGCUCGACAACGGCACCAAGAUCCCUCCCAGUGGUUGGCGGUGUGAGGUGUGUGACCUGCAGGAGAACCUGUGGAUGAACCUGUCGGACGGGAGGGUGUUCUGCGGUCGCAGGUAUUUCGACGGCUCCGGGGGGAACAACCAUGCCCUCCUGCACUUCCAGCAGACGGGACACCCUCUAGCCGUCAAACUGGGCACCAUCACCCCCGACGGAGCAGAUGUGUACUCCUAUGACGAGGAUGAUAUGGUACUGGAUCCAAAGCUCCCCGAACACCUGUCCCACUUUGGCAUCGACAUGAUGACCAUGGAAAAGACGGAGCGUACGAUGACAGAGCUGGAGAUAGCGGUGAACCAGCGUGUGGGGGAGUGGGAGGUGAUCCAGGAGUCAGGGGCCACCCUGCGGCCUCUGUCAGGCCCCGGCCUCACCGGCAUGAAGAACCUGGGCAACAGCUGCUACCUGAACUCGGUCAUGCAAGUCCUCUUCACCGUGCCUGACUUCCAGAGCAAGUACGUCUCCAACAUUGACAAGAUCUUCGGUGAAGCUCCAAGCGACCCCACCCAGGACUUCAAAACCCAAGUAGCAAAGCUGGGCUAUGGUCUGUUGUCGGGCGAGUAUUCCAAACCAGCCCCUGACCCCGGAGAGGGCUCUGAACCCAGCUCUGAACCCAGAGGUGACCAGGUUGGCAUAGCGGCACGCAUGUUCAAAGCACUUAUUGGGCGGGGCCACUCGGAGUUCUCCACCAAUCGGCAACAAGACGCCCAGGAGUUCUUAUUACACUUCAUUAAUAUGGUGGAGAGAAACUGUCGUUCGGGGGUGAACCCGUCUGAAGCCUUCCGUUUCCUGGUAGAGGAGAGGAUUGUGUGUCAGCAAUCACAGAAAGCAAAGUACACGCAGAGGGUGGACUACAUCCUCCAGCUACCUGUGCCCAUGGACCAGGCCACCAACACCGGUGAGGGGCUCAUGGGAAAUGUAGUUUAUUGUGUCAGCGAGUCUACUUCUGCCCCAUCAACUGCCCUUCCCUGUCCCCCCGCGCUAGUGCGCGCCUGUAUCCCGUUCACAGCGUGCAUGGCGGCGCUCAGCGAACCGGAGACGCUCACAGACUUCUGGAGCUCCGCCGCGCAGGCCAAGACCACCGCCACCAAGACCACCCGCUUUGCCUCUUUCCCUGACCACAUGGUUAUCCAGGUUAAGAAGUUCACUUUUGGACAGGACUGGGUCCCCAAGAAACUGGACGUGAGCAUUGACGUUCCCGACACACUGGACCUGACUGCGCUCCGUGGGACCGGCCAGCAGCCGGGGGAGGAGCUUCUGCCAGAGGUGGCCCCACCCCCUCUCAUGACCCCUGACAUGGAGGUCAAAGCCCCAGUCCUGGACGACUCCACCGUGUCCCAGUUGUGUGAGAUGGGAUUCCCACUGGAGGCCUGCAGGAAGGCUGUGUACUAUACUGGGAAUACUGGAAUCGACGCAGCCAUGAACUGGGUCAUGGGCCACAUGGACGACCCAGAUUUCUCCGCUCCCAUGGUGUUGCCAGGCACCAGCUCCGCUCCCGGAACCACGCCCACAGAGAGCGUUUCUGAGGAGCACCUAGCAACCAUCGUCUCCAUGGGCUUCAGCCGAGACCAGGCCACGCGAGCACUGAGGGCCACGAGUAACGUCCUAGAGCGCGCCGUGGACUGGAUCUUCUCCCACCUGGAUGAUCUAGAGUCCAUGGAAGUUUCGGAGGGGGGGCGCUCGGCCGCCGAGAGCGAGGGGUCCAGGGAGCCCCCUCCUGGGCCUAAAGUCCGAGACGGACCUGGCAAGUAUGAGCUGUUUGCCUUCAUCAGUCACAUGGGCACGAGCACUAUGUGUGGCCACUACGUCUGCCACAUCAAGAARGACCAACAGUGGGUUAUCUUUAACGAUCAGAAAGUGUGUGCCUCAGAGAAGCCACCCAAGGACUUGGGUUACCUCUACUUCUACCGGAGAGUCACCGAGUGAACGGAGGGGGGCAGAGUUUCACUUCGGGAGGGGAAGAGGGUCGCUAACAUGUACACACUGUCACACACUGAGCUACACAGAAUGCUCUGACACAAGCUUCUGAACUGACGAAUGUAGGGUUUAAAUAAAUACACUUUUCCUACAGCUAUGUACGCAGACACAGGCAGGUGGAAUGGAUGGGGUGUUUAAAGGAGAAAUGUCUUUUAUUUUUUUUCACUUUUACAAUAAACACAGUAGUGUUGGUGGAAGUCUGCUGGUGUAUUCACCCCUUCUAAGUCUAUACUCAUCUUGCAACUGACACCAAUCAACUCAUAAUAGAUACUGGUAUCAUUAUACAGUGUCUAAUGCAACAAUGUUCUCAACCCCCUCUUCCCUGAACAACAUGCCACUCAUCUCUUAUUGACUAGCAUCUGUUGUAUUGUCAUUGCUUCUUAAGCCAAGCACCGCCUCCGUUCUCUCCCCCUUCUGUGUUCCGACAUGGCAUUUUCAUUAGUUYGUCGUCCACAGUAAUAGAGAGAGUUAAUAUACAAAACAAAAUGAUAAAAUGUGUAUAAUUAAAAAAAACUAAACCAAACUGGUUCUUUCAAGUGUGUUGAGGGUGAUAUCUGGCUGAUUUUUGUUUUGUUUAUUUUGUUAAAAUAAGUAACUUUGUUACUUCCGCUGUGACAAAAUAAAGAUGUGUUUCUGCUGC